GUCCUAUAUGAGGCCACGUUCUUCCUUGUUUUUACACCAACGUCUCAGAUCAUCCAGUGGUAGAAAUGAAAGUGGUUCUGGUGCUCGUCAGUGUGUUCUUCACUAAAGCACUAGCACUGCAGUGUUACGACUGCAUGGCGCAUUUUCCUGAGACUUGUAAUAGAACUUUGGAAUGUCCAGCCGAUGUCUGUAACAGCGUCGCUGCCACCUUUAGCCUGGGUGGCAUACAGUUCGAACACAGGGUGAGGGCUUGCCUGCCUUCAGCCUUUUGUGCUAAAGGGAGAAUAAACACGGGGUUUCUGAAAGCGUCCUUCAACUCCAAAUGCUGCAAGACUGACCUCUGCAAUGACAAAGCACUGCCAGCUUUACCGAAACAGCCUCCCAAUGGGAAGAAGUGUUGUGCCAAUGACAACUGCUCAGAAACCGUGAACUGUGAGGGAGAUGAAGAUCACUGCAUUAAAGGAACAGUUGUUCCAUUUUCUUUUAGGGCGUCUCUGAAAGGAUGUGCAAGCAAGAGCCUCUGUCAGGAUCUCGUGUCUAUUGUACAAAACUUUAACAUGAAGGCACAUAUUAAGUGCUGUAGGGGGAGCCUGUGUAACCGGCUGCUUUAAGCGUUAAUCUGAGUCUGCUCAUCAUGCUGGGAUCUCUACUGUCCUCCAUCCUCUCCCUCUGAACUUCCUCAGAACACUGAAACUGGAAGAUCAGCUUUGAUAGAGAUUUUUUUAAAAGCCAACAUCACUGCUGUCAGUUUUUUUUUCUCUAAAUUCAUUUCAAUCUUGUUAAGCAGUCAGUCUAAAGUGUUGUAUAAAAUGCUGCUUAUACAGUAAUAAAACCAGUAAACCGUGUAAAGACUGGUGCUGUAAUCCUGGUCUCUAAAGUUCAGUUUAACUGCAUUAAACUGUGUGAGAGGCUUCCUGCCUUCCAAAAUAAAUAACU